CCCUGCACCGGAGAACAGACACAGCUCUUUAAUCUCGCCAUCAUCAUGACCAUGGUGUACUCCUCCCGAAGCUCCAUGGGCGGCGGCUUCGGCGGCGGUGGCUUCGGCGGCGGCAGCAGCUUCGGGGGUGGCGGCUUCGGCCGUGGCGGCAGCAGCCGAGCAUCCUUCGGCGGAGGCAUGAGCGCGUUCAGCAUGGCAGGAGGAGCCGGAGGAAGUGGGGUUAGGGUUUCCCAGGCCAGCAGGAGUUUCUCUGCCGGUGGCGGCGGCGGCUACGGCUUCGGUGGCGGAGCAGGUAGUGGUUUCGGCGGGGGUGCAGGCUUUGGCGGUGGUGCAGGCUUCGGCGGGGGUGCAGGCUUCGGCGGGGGUGCAGACGACAGCCUCAUCGGCAACGAGAAGUUCACCAUGCAGAACCUGAACGACCGCCUGGCCACGUACCUGGCCAAGGUGGCAGCGCUGGAGAAGGCCAACGGCGAGCUGGAGCUGAAGAUCAGACAGUUUGUGGAGAGCAAGGUCGGCCCAUCAACCAGAGACUACAGCGCCUUCCACGUCACCAUCGCAGAGCUGCAGGGGAAGAUUAAGGAUGCCAUCCUGCUCAGAGGGACGGUCUCGCUGAGCAUCGACAACGCCCAACUGGCUCAGGACGACUUCAGACUCAAGUUUGAGAACGAGCUGUCGAUGCGUCAGUCGGUGGAGGCGGACAUCGCCGGGCUGAAGAUGGUGCUGGGAGAGCUGGGCGUCGCCAAGACCGACCUGAGCAUGCAGAUCGAAAGCCUGAAGGACGAGCUGGUGACCAUGAAGAAGAACCACGAAGAGGACCUGAUGUCCAUGCGCACUCAAAUGAGCGGUCAGGUGAACGUGGAGGUGGACGCCGGUCCGCAAACCGACCUCACCAAGGUCAUGGAAGAGAUGAGAGAACACUACGAGAUGCUCGCCGCCAAGACCAACAAAGAGCUGGAGUCCUGGUUCCAGUCCAAGUCGGAGAUGCUCAGUAAGGAGGUGGCGACCACAGAGAUGACGAUCAAAUCGACGGUCUCGGAGGUGAAGGAGGUGAAGAGUCAACUUCAGGCUCUGGAGAUCGAACUCCAAUCACAGCACAGCAUGAAAGCGUCUCUUGAAGCCACACUGGCCGACAUCCAGGGCCGCUACGCCAUGCAGCUGAACGGAUACCAGAUGAUGGUGAGCGGUAUGGAAGAGCAGCUGGUGCAGCUGAGGGCCGACCUGGAGCGACAGGGACAGGAGUACCAGAUGCUGCUGGACAUCAAGACCAGACUGGAGAUGGAGAUCGCCGAGUACAGGAGGCUGCUGGACGGAGAGGCUGGUGGCAGCGGCGGCGGCAGCGGCGGAUCGACAGGUUUGUCCUCUUCCUCCUCCUCCUCCUCCACCGUCAUCAGCAGCAGCACCACCACAGUCGUCAAAUAAGUCAUAGAGGAGAAAAAUUAAUCUUAGCCACCAUCUGAGACCAAUCAUACAUCUUACGUCACUUAAACACACAUUUGGUAUCUGAUUUGGGGUCUAUUCUUAAUCUAAACAUUGAUGCAUUUACAUCAGUUGAUCAUUUACAUGCACAUAUAAUAUUCUGUUUUUUGUCCUCAUUCUGAAAAAGACAAUGUCCCUACCUAGCUGUUUCCACGGCUAUAGCAAGUCAAUAUUCCACUAAUGCAUACAUGCCGCCGUACAAAACAGGAUAAUAAACUAACAGCUACCAUAAUGGUCAAGUAGCUGUGUUUCUCCUUACUUUUGGCCAUGCAUCUCUACCAAAGCCCUGCAAUUGGUCGGCUGGUUGGUUUGUGUUCAACAACCAUAGCAACGCACUGAGCUGACCAUACGGCGUAAACUAGCGAGAGGCUGUAAACUAGCGAGAGGCCGUAAACUGUCACAAACUGCGGUAAAAACCCUAAUUGGGAUGCAAAUUCUGAAUGUGCUGUGUACAUGUCCAAAAGAAUGCUUGUAAAACCUGAAUGAUGCCGGCAUAUCACAUGGAAUAUGCUGUUUACAUGACCUGUAUCAAAUUUGUGUAAUUAGUGUGCAUGUAAUACAUAUCAAUGAUAUCAAUCAUUGUGUGAUACUUUGGGUCAGGGACAACUUUAAUCCCAACAAAGCUUCUGUCUUCCUCAAGGAAUAAAACUCAACUAAACUCAA